AAGAUUAAAAAAGUUUCACGUACGAAAAAAAAAAUGGAUAGAAGCAGAUAAGAGUGCUACCGUUCCAUCUCUUCCUCAUCGAACACCAUGGCUUCCCAAGUUGUUCUUCAGCAGGCCAUGAUGCUUGGUUCUUCUUCAAUACUGCAAACCAACCUUAAUCAAUGUUUUCCAUCCAAGCCGUUAGGUUUCUCUGCUAUGGUGCCUUCUUUUCGUCGCAACGCACCAUUGAUUUCGAGCUCGGUUUCAUGGCGUUGCGCUCCUCUCAUUGCAAAGCCUGCUACUUUUGUAGCCAGAGCUGAUUCCAAUGCUGAAGGUGCUGACGCUGCUGCUUCGGAUGAUAAUGUCGAAGGUGGAGGAGAAGAAGCAGCUUCGGCUUCUUCCGAAGUGGAAGCCGAAGCUGAAGCAGGAGUGGAAGAACAGGUGGAGGAGGAACCCAAGCCUCCAAGAAAACCUCGAGUCAAGCUUGGUGACAUUAUGGGGAUAUUGAAUCAAAGAGCAAUUGAGGCUUCAGACAAGGAGAGACCAACUCCAGACCUUAGGACUGGAGACAUUGUGCAAAUCAAAUUGGAGGUUCCUGAGAAUAAGCGUAGGUUGUCCACCUAUAAAGGUAUUGUAAUAUCAAAACAGAAUGCCGGUAUUCACACUACCAUUCGAAUCCGAAGAAUCAUUGCUGGUGUGGGAGUUGAGAUAGUCUUCCCAGUUUACUCACCAAACAUCAAAGAAAUCAAAGUAAUAAACCACCGUAAAGUUAGGAGAGCAAGAUUGUACUAUCUCAGGGACAAGCUUCCCAGACUCUCAACUUUCAAAUGAAGGACGCAUGCUACCUUAUUUUGAUUCGUUGCGUUGUUGCAGAAAAUUGUGAUUUUUCUUAACAUUUAAAUUUUCUGGCAAGGGAAUUGAAACAAGUGUAGCCACCCUUUAUUUGUAAUAUUUCAUGUUUAUAGUGUUUUUGUAUGCUUGUUAUGUGUUAGAAAGCCAAGCUAAGAAGAAGGCAUCACUAUUCACUAGUAAGUUCCAAGGAAUAUCAUGCAUAAUCUUUCCACUCUAUUACUGUUAUAACCUGCUGUUGUUCUUAGGUACACUGGGGUAUGGCUUUAUCAGCUAUGACUCAUAACUGAUGAGUAACAGUAAUUAUAUCAACCAUCUGAUCCAUUUUUCUGAUUGUCCUUGUAAA